CAAAGCUUCAAGCUCUACGGAUAUUGGCGCUCGUCGUCCACCUGGCGGGUUCGAAUAGCACUUGCAGUCAAGCACAUUGAAUACGAAACAAUUCCAAUUGACCUUGCAGGAGAUCAGCAAAAAUCGGAAGGAUACCUGGAAGUAAAUCCUUUUGGCCAGGUGCCUCUUUUGGAGUGCAGCGACGUCCUGACUGGUGGGACAAUUCGCCUGGGUCAGUCAAUUGCAAUCAUUGAUUUUUUGGAAGAAGCUUUUCCGCUUCGCAAGUCCCUGUUGCCGAAAAACCUAGUUGAGCGGGCCAUUGCCCGACAGAUGGCGGAAAUCAUAAACUCAGGAACUCAGCCUUUGCAAAAUAUUUUCUCACUGAGGGAUUUCGAA